GACGUUCGAUACCCCUUUAAUUCUGCAAGAUUGUAUAAGAUGGAGAACAUGCAAUAUGCGGAGGAGCUUGCGAGGGACUAUUUGGUCUUCAGAGGAUUUACAUGUACAUUACAAACUUUUGAGACUGAGUUGUAUACGGAUAUUGGUAAAGAGUUUCAAGUUGAUAAGAUAUUGGACUUCAUUUUUUCCGUUUAUAUUCCUAAAUUUCAGGCCGAGAAAUUAGUAGGUCUAUUUAGUUUCUUUAAGCAAUGCUUUUCAUCCUGGUCCGAGACUAUGAUGCUUGAUACCUUGUUGAAAUUGGACGGCUCUGUUCUUCGGUGUUACAUCGUUCAUGCAUUGCGAUCUGGGAGGAAAGAUAAAGUUGUCGAGUUUUUUGGAAUGAAUGGAAGUGAUUUGCUUCUAAAGAGUUCUGAUUGGAGCCCUUGGUUUGCAAUUCCUUAUUUGAAGAAUCCAAGCAUGGGUCCUCAGUUUCAUGUUUAUUUCUCCAAUGAAUGGUAUGCGGCUCUCUGUCUUUCUGUGAGGAACAUUUUCAGCGAGAUCUUCUGUGAUACUCAUAUCCUUUAGAAUUGAUGUUUUCCUUCUGAAAAUGUUCU